CAAACCACGAUCGACCAGCAGACCGAGUAAAGGGCCUACAAACUUCCAUUCCCGUCCAAACUUUUCCCUUAAAAGGGUAUAACUUCCCAACACCAACUACUUUCAUAUAACCGCUUCCUCGGCUCCAGAAUUGCAGUUCUACGAUGAGUGCCCACACCCUCUUGCACGACGCCGUGCUCCGAGCAGCCAAUCGACAAAACCUCACAGACCGAUCACCCGGAUCACUGAAUCCUGAGAACGACGACUCCGUCCUCACUCGAGUCCACAGUCCACUCACCUCGCCACCCACCCACUCGCCCCCGUCGGAAUCGGCCAGCCCCAGCGCACCCAGCACGCCGCCCAAGGGCAACGGACGCAACCAAUCCAGGGUCGGCCUUCGUCAGAAACGCGAGGCUGCCGCUAAGGCCAAACUAAACUCUAGAGACCCGCUCCGCCGGCUGCCCAUCGACGUCGCCGUCCGCGUCUUCACCAUCGUCGGCCUCGGCGCUGAUGGCUGUGGUGGACACCUCGACGGAUCCACUUUCUCGGCCGUCAAAGACCUCCUCAACUGUGCCUUGGUUUGCCAAAAAUGGCGCACGAGCUCUGUCAUCAAUUACGUAUGGUUCAAGCUAGCCCACCAAACCUCAUACAGCAACUCGAUCGAAGAAGAAUUCCAACCACUCACCUGGACAAGGAAAGACUCGAGGACGAAUUGGAGCGAGAAGUAUAAGGAGAUCAACCAGGUCAAGCGCUCAUCAUCACCCCCACCGAUGGCGAUCGAUGUCGAUGCUGCAGACAACGACGGACCGACCCCGAAAGAACUGCGCGAGGCCGCUUGGAAUGCUCAGGAUAAUCAGACGAUGACUAAGAACGAGGCCCGCGCGUUUUAUAAGGAUCUCGGCGGAAGGAAACUCAGGGAUAAGUCCGGAAAAGGCUUGGGCUCCGAUAGGACCGGGUGGCAAGAUCAUGAAAUCUACGAUUGAACUUUAGAAAAUAACAAAAUCCCAUCGAAAACUGCCAUCUUUCGUAUCAAAAUUGCCAUCAACAAAUUCAAAAAAAACACCUCAUCUAUCCAAGCUCACAAGUCGUUUCUUUGAUAGCUUCUUCAUCCAGCCAACGUCGUCUUCUUUUUUAUUUGCUUAUUAUUUAUCAGUCAACCAGAUCGUCUAUCUACUCAAACUUGGCGGCCCAUAUAUCUUCGUUUUAUGUCCAUAUAUCGAUAUAAUCGAUAUAGUGAUAUUUAUAUCUUCCUAUAACUUAUCUCGUUACCUCUUCUACAUACAUCCUUCAGAUCGACAUGCCGUAUUGUCAUUACAUCCAAUCAUCCAGAUCCCGAUCCGUUUUUGUAUCCAAUCUUACCUAUUUGCACCCUUUAGCUUGUUCACUACACACUCAUGCAUGUAUUGAUCCUCCAUGUUUUUUUUUUUUUUUUUCGUUGCUCCUAUCGUCUCCUCCACCCUUGCCUCCUUCUCACACCAAUGAAAAGUCUGCUUGUCCCUCUUCAACCUCUUUUUUUUUUUUUUUGACUUGAUCAUGCUCCCUACUUCGACUUGUUCCUCGUAUAUUCACCUUUUCCUUUUACUUGGUCGUGUGGCCUAUAACUUGUAGCCAAAAAACAAUGGGACUCGAUAAUUAUAGUAAUUUAUCAAUCGUCUUGAUCGUUUGCUCGUUUCGUUUUUCGUGCUUUCUUGACUGAUCACUGUUAGCUCUUUCAUCAUCAUCAUCAUCAUCGCAUCCAAGAUAAAAAUUACAGUUGAAUUGGGAGCUUGAAAGUCUGUCUCUCAUGACCCAUGAA